AUGGAGUUGAGGUUAGACGGAGUGGUUGUGAAAGUGCAACGAGCAGAGACGGCUGGAGAGACGGCGGAGUUAGUCACAGGCACGAAGGAGCGAGCGGAGGAGUUGGAAGCGCAGGUGAAGAGGCAAGGCGAUACCAUGGCAGCUCUGAAGCGAGAGGUGGACGAAAUUAGGCGCGCGAUGGCGAAGGGGGCGCUGGAGAUGAUGGGAGCGGCGGAGAACCACGGCGCUAAUAGCGCCGCGGCAGGAGAAGCACAUGACGCGGACGGCCUUUCAGCGCAGCCGGCGGCGAAGAGCGAGGCGCUUAUGGCCCUGGUGGAGGCUAUGAUCGCGGCUCGGGUGAAGGACGUGCGGGACGAGCUCGAGUCGCAAGUGAAGGGAUUGACGGAGCGGUUGGAGGCCGUGAAACGUGAGGCGAGGGACGCGACGAGCGAUGUGAGGGCAGUGCUCGCGCAGCAGGCGGCGGAAAUAGCAGAUGUGAAGACGACAGCGGCGCACAUUGACGCGCGGAUGAACGACGUGGAGCUGGCGGUGGCGGAGUGGAAGGACGCGCGGGAGAAGGCGCGCGCGGAGGGCAGCAAUGGCAGUGAUGGCAGCGAUGGCAACGACGGCAGCGCGAAGGAGCAUGCAGAGGCGGAGGGGCGCGAGGGGAAGAAGAGGAAGAGGGAGGUCGCAGGGAAAGGCAGUGAUGAUGAUGAUGCGGCUUCUGAUGAAAAGCGAGAUGAAGCGGACAACUCAGAGCGGAAGGCGGAAUUGCAGGAGGUGAAGGAGACGGUGGAGGCCGUGAAAAGCGGAGUGGCUAAGCUGGAGACGAGGGCGGAUACGGGGGCGAUGCUCACCCUGUGGGCGGCAGCUGCACCAGGGCAGAAGCGAAUGGACCUCAGCGGCAUCUCCUGCCUCUCAGACGCUGCUCUCACCCACCUCGCCUCGUUGCGCCACCUCACGUUCGUCGACCUCGGAGCCUCCUCGGGCUUCACAGCAGCAGGGAUGAGGAAGCUGUACUCCCUCACAGGCCUGGAGCAUCUGAUACUUGGGGGGGCCACCAACGCAACUGAUGCAGCUCUGGAGGGGAUUUCCCGCCUCACGAACCUGCAAAUCCUUGUGCACCUGAGGAACAUGAAACGCCUGGAGAAGCUGGGAGUGUGGGAUUGCAUCAUCACUGCAUCAGGUAUAAACUGGCUCAAGGGGCUUCCCAACCUCCAAAAGAUGGGAACUUGUUCGUACGAGACGGAGGAAUUGAUAAGGGACAACCUUCCAGGAGUAAUUGCUACAUCAGGUCCAAUCAAUACAUGA